GUGGUAAACACGGGUCAGUGUGAGUUUAACUGUGGAGAGGAGGGGAGGUGUCUUGGUCGCCAGUGUUCAGGCGCUUGCUAUGUGUCGCCUCAUAUUUAAGUGAUUAUGUUUUAGAAGUGACUAAAUAUCACGUUGAUAUUAAUCCCUCGAUGCAUUUAUAGUCUAAUUGUGUGCAGUAGCACCAGGCAGGGAGCCUUUAGCCUCAUGUUGAGGAGCCUGCGGUCCAUCGACAGGUACACUCGCGAGUUAUUUUAUUCCAGUUCCGAGUCGUACAAACGACCACCCUACAGUACCCUGGGAACGACUUCGGGACAGGGCGCGACGUACGAUUGGAUUUACCGCGGCUCGGGGGCGACUAUGCCUCCCCUGGUGCGGCCCCACGACCCAACAGCGUCGGCCUACCUCAUGGGGUCUCCCGACGGAGAGGUCAAGACCAAGCUCAAGUGUGUGCUGGUGGGCGAUGGCUCCGUCGGCAAGACCUCUCUGGUCGUCUCCUACACUACCAAUGGAUACCCUACGGAAUACGUCCCAACAGCCUUCGACAACUACAAUGUGGUGGUGAACGUGGAUAAUCAGCCCAUCAGACUACAGCUGUGCGACACUGCAGGACAGGAUGACUUCGACUCCCUACGGCCGCUGUGCUACCCGCAGACGGACGUGUUCCUAGUGUGCUUCAGUGUGGUGUCGCCUACCUCCUUCCACAACGUGCGGGAGAAGUGGCUGCCGGAGCUCCGCCAGCACAACCCUCGCGUCCCCAUUGUCCUCGUCGGUACUCAGAGCGACCUCAGGACAGAUGUGAAGGUCCUCAUAGAACUAGCGCAGUACCGCGAGCAACCAGUGACGGAGGUCGCCGCCCGCCGCCUGGCACACCAGAUUGGAGCCGUUGGGUAUGUGGAGUCUUCGGCCCUCACACAACGCAACCUAAAAGAAGUUUUUGACCAAGCCAUCCUAGCCGCCCUUGAAGCCCGCAAUAUCCCAACACUUAGCCGAGGCGGGUCUUCCAAACGGUCCUUCUCCAGGCACAGAAAGAUGGGCGGAAGUACACGAGAUGGAGCCAGUGAGCCUCUAAAUAGCCAAGCUGGUCGCAACGCACUCGAGUAUACAGAUGACACCUCUAGGAAACGUGGUUGGCGAAAGCUGUGCUGCUUCUCCUGAUCCACGCCCCCGUCGACCCCACACCACUCCCCUGCAACACCACAACAUUGGCGAGGAGUAAGAGACCAGACAGUGAGGCGGCGAUAUACCUCAGCGGAGACGUGAACCCUCACAACUCUCAAUAGCCAACACUCCACCUCACACAGUCCCUGUCUAAGCCCACACACACGGUCUCUGCAACCUGUCGCCCAUGUUAUCUUCUUGCAGUGCGCUCAUCAAAUCAUUCCCAUUCUGAGGCUGCAGGCGACGACAGUGCUCACCUUCUCUUCCCAAACAAAUACAGUUAUAAAGUGGGCACAAUUUUACGGACUUUUGUGUUUACAGCCAAAUUACAAUUUUGCUUCUAUAUUUUGGCCUAUUAUUUUUCUUCAUUUAUUGCUUACAUAUUUUUUUCUGUAUUCGAAUCUUUCACCUACCAGCAAAAGUUAUAUCUUGAGUUUCCUGAUGAUAGGUCAGUGGGGAGCCUCUUACAGUGGGCUUCCCAAUACCAGAAAAUGAGACACAGGUGCCACAAUCUGGCCUCUAACUAUGUGUGAAACUUUGGAAGAGUAAACAUAGUAAAAGUGCUCAGGAAGCUGUGGGACACGAGACACCAUGGUGCCCUAAGGUGAAGAAUAUUAUUCUCUCCGUGUUGUGAUCAUCAACUGGAAGCCCCAUAGCUGGUAAAGGUUUUAUCCCCUACUGUUGUGAUAGUGAUGUACAUAGUUAGUCUAAGGACGUGAGAUGAUAUAUGAAAAGUGAACCAAGAAUUAUAUGAGUGGAGACAAAACGAAGUUGCAUUACAGAUAUUAUUAUAAGAGUCGUUCUUGACCACUAUGUCUUGUGCACAUGUGAAUUUAUGCCUAUAUAUUGUUUGUGUGCGUGUACUGCAUAGAUACUUGAAGUGUGGCUGUAGGAGAGAUUGAUUGGUAUUGCAGUACUAGCAGUGAAUGCUGCGUGCAAUAAGAUUCUUGUUGAUAUUUCAAGGAUCAAUAGAUUUUAAUAUUAUAUAAUAAAGCUAUUGCAGUAUGGAAAAAUCUUCAAGAGGGCGACUUCAUUGCCUUCUCAUAUAUUUUAUUCUGUACUACGUAUACCGUUAAACAAAUUAGAUCAGCAAUGCAUCGUUUGUAAACAUUGUUCAGACUUUGUAAUGUGUUAGCCUACACUGUACUUUGUCGACUGUCAUUGCUGGGAAUUGUCACAUUAACAUGUUAAAUACAAUUUUUUUUAUUUUGUUGUGGCUUUACAAAAUGUUAGCCGACAGUUUGUUUGCAUAACUGAUUAGAACAUAUCAUUUGUUUAGAUAGAUUUUUUGUAACCAUAUGUUUAUAUUUACAGUACAAUUUAAAAAAAAAAUUGCAGCUUUGUUAUGAACAUUAUAUUUUCUCCAUUCUUAUGCACAGUGCACAAGUAAAAAUGUAACGUAUCGUCUUGCAGUUGGUAUGUGGAAUGAAGAAUCUAUAGCCCACAGUUGGCACUAUAGUAAAGAUAGAUACCAGAGAUUGGUAUGUAUCAGAAUGAGUGGUGUAUAGGUAAUGAUGGCAUCCUUGGCCACACCAACAUAUUGCUACAGUCAUUUGGCGCAACCAAUAUAUAUAUAUAUUAUGCAUAACUUAUUUAUAAGCAAAUACAGUAUAUACAUUAUAUUGCUUAAUUCCUUGUCUGAUCUUAAAUUAAAUUCAGAUAAGGCUUAUUAAGUAUUUAUUUAUUUUAAUUAGCCUCUCAAAAUUCCUAAAAAUGUAAUGGUAUGGCCUAUGAAUAAAAUAUUACUCUCGAAGGUGGCUAAAAUCAUGAGUGUUUGCCCUCUAGCCAUGAAUUGUGAGGCAAGCAUAUUCAUGCGAGGUGCUGCUACAAUAUUGAUACUUUUUGUUUGGUGACAUUGGUCCUGGCGCAUUCUCUUGUAAUAGAUGUGAUUCAAAUUAUCUGUAGUUUACCUGUAGUUGCUCUCAAGAGCUCUACUCUCCAAGCAAUGUCAGUAUUUUAAUAGGCCAACUUUCAGUAAUGUAAUUACUAUGUUUAUAAUUGUCAUACAGUACAUCUAUCUUAAAAUAUUCUUAAUAAAUUUUAUGGAACACAUUAAAUUACAUAGUGCAAUUAAGCCAAAAAGGGAUUGGCGACAAAUAAUUUUUGCUUUUUCUGUUUAUUGGAGUUAACUAAUUUCUAUAUUUUAUUUUUAUUUGAGAAAAGGGUGUGCCUUAAAGAAAAGACCGGCUUGGCGGCGGCUUUUGAUAAUUACGUAAAGAAAAGACAAAUUAAAUCAAAACUAAUUUUAUAGAAAUACGGCCUAUUACAUAAUGCAAAUUACAGCUUGAAUUACAUGCAUUGCAGUAGAAUUAAUAUACCCUACUGCUAUUUACUAGCAUCCUGGAAAACUUCAUUUAUUGCAAAGAGCAUGUCAUCAUUCCAUACACCACAGGAUGAGUUAUUUUAUGUAUUCCAUAACAUGUAUACAUAUAUCUGGAUGUCAUAAAUAUUUCUCAUCUGGCAAAGCCAACAGUGUACAAUCCCCACAGGACUCGGCUUGUCAUUGAGCUUCAUAUUGUUCAGUGCUAGAAGUUGACACAUCAGCUGCAUAUUGAGUACUGUAGUGUUGCAGCAGCACUUGUCUUUCACUUGUAGAAUAUUGUCUUAACAGCUGAAAUGUUUGUGAACAUAUCAAAUUGUGUCAAUUAUACUUGAAGAGGGCUUGCCUAAAAUAGCUUAUAUUCUGCAUAUUUUAAUUUUGUUCAUCAAAGACAUUAAGACCCUGUACAAUUGUUUAUAAUGCAGUUUUAUUGUUACAAGUGAAUUCAAUGACUCCAUUUAUUUCUUAUUCUCUUAUGAAGGCAUUGUUUUACCUUUGAACUGUUGUACAUUAGCAGACCAGCAAGUGAGGCUUUGACCUCUGUGGCAUUUAGUACUGGCUCACCUAAAGUGCAAGCUCCUCAUUCCACAUUUGGACUGACUCAGGGUGCCAGGCCUUCAUGCUGCCUAUUUUAGGCCUACACAUAGUGACAGCUCUUCUGUCGCCAACUAUGGGCCCCAACUCAUUUUAUCUUAACAUCAAUUCAGAGUGCCUGGGUCCUAUGCCUUCUGCUGUAGGUUCUUUUCUCAACGUGCUUGGUCCCCAUGCCAUCUACCUGUGGGCCCACCUUGAACAGGUGAGGCUCGUCUGCUGUGUCUGUUCUCUCCAGCUCGUGGAACUUGUCUGUGAUGUAAUGAUACCCGCUCUGCUCUGUAUCAGCCAGCUGAACUUAUGAGUAAAGAACAAUAAUA